GGAAAGGGCAGCUCAGAGGGACCAAGGAAGUGUGAAUGACCUGGAGAGGAGAACCUGGAUUUUUCUCAACAGGAACCUGCCUUUUUGUUUUGUUUUUGGCGGAUUAGACCUGAUUUUCUUCUUGCAGCGUAUCAUGGACUCUUUUUAGCUGCUCAGAUUAAUCUAUCCUGACUUUAAAGGUGAAAAUGAGCCCAUGCUGCUGGUGGCUGAUAGUGUUCACCUUUUGGGCAUUUGCUGCUCUGUGUCGAGGCAACGGACAAUGUGGGACCGGGAUCACUAUCAACGUGAUUCUUCUGGAGGACGAGGAGUCUCCUUGGAGCCUGAAGUAUGUGGAGAGCGAAAUCGAGGAAGCAGUAUUGAAAGAUAACAAUAUUAAUGUUGCACAAGGAGUUGGAUUCAAUAUCACAGCCGACUACGAAGGAUUCAACACCACUUUUUACACCAAAAGAGGCUGCAGUAGCAGUAUAUGUGAGGCAGUGGAGAAACUUACCAAGCUUAUGAUUACAGGUAAACUUGGCUGCGCUGUACUCGGACCUACCUGCACCUUUGCAACAUUCCCCUUAGUUGAUGCAGAAAAAGGCUUUAACCUGAGCACACCCAUCAUCUCGGCGGGAAGCUUUGGUCGCUCCUGUGACUCUACCCUCAACCUGCAGCGGGUUCUGCCUCCAGCGCGGAAGAUCUCAGACUUUUUCAUCAACUUCUGGCUGGAAAACAAUAGCAUAAAACCCGAGUGGAAGACAGCCUAUGUCUACAAAAAGGCCAACAACACUGAGGACUGCUUUUGGUAUAUCAACGCACUGGAAGCCGAUGGCAAGUUCUCAGCAGAGGUUUCAAUAACGAUGCUACGCAAACCUGACGAAGUGAAAGAAAUACUCAAGCCACAGGAGAACAGGACGAGCAAUUUGAUCAUCAUGUGUGGCUCAGUGCAGGACUUACUGGAGUUGAAAAACGGCUCCAAAGCAGCAGACAGCAGUGAUUUCCUCUUUAUGCUCAUUGAUCUCUACAAUGAUGUAUACUACACCAACCCGUCAUCGCUACCUGAGAUGAAGAACGUGUUGGUGUUGACCAUGCCCAACACCCGGGAGUACGUCAUCAACUCAGACUUUAGAGGCAACAAAACAAUGAAUGACUACAUGGCAGCGUACCAUGACUCAGUGCUGUAUAUAGGGCAAGUAAUGAGAGAGAUCUUCGCCAAAAAUCAGUCUGAUCUACACGGAAUGGACUAUGUGAAUGUGAAUUACUUCAGAAACACCUCGUUUAAGGGACUUGCAGGAAAUUACAAGCUGGACAUACAAGGAGACAGAGAUACAAACUUUUCAAUCCUUUAUACAACAACCAGCAAUGAGUACAAGCUCUUAUUCACCUUCGACACUGAGUUCAACAAAACAAAAGUGGUGGACAAGAAUCCGGCCUUCGUCUGGGGGAAGAAGCUUCCACAGUACAAACCAAACUUGACAGGUGUUGCUAUUUCUGACAUCCUUGUGGGCGUGCUGACUGUCACAGUGGUGGUUGUGGCCACCAUAGCAUUGAUUUUUUACAGACAGAAUAGGAAAGAUCGGCUCCUCAGGAAGCGUUGGUGCCACAUUAACUCUGACCUCAUCUCUCUGCUAGAGGACAGCCAACACAACAUCAUUUCAUUAAAGAUAGAGGAUGAAAGGAAGAAGGUAAAAUUCCAGAUCCGCCGUGCCCUCUAUGACAAAAAGAUUGUGAUCCUAAAGGAGCUGAAAAACUCAGAUGGAAACUUCAACAAAACCCAGACAAUGGAGCUCAAUGCGCUUCUGAACAUCGACUAUUACAACCUGACCAAGUUUUAUGGCACGGUCAGGUUUGAUGAGGGUGUGUUCGGCGUGUUUGAGUACGGAGAGAGGGGGUCGCUCAGGUAUGUGCUGAAUGACAAGAUUUCAUACCCAGAAGACACCUUCAUGGACUGGGAGUUCAAAAUCUCUGUCAUGUAUGACAUUGCAAAGGGCAUGUCCUAUCUUCACGCCAGCACCAUCCAGGUGCAUGGGCGCCUCAAGUCCACCAACUGUGUGGUGGACAAUCGCAUGGUGGUCAAGAUCACAGACUUCGGCUGUAAUGCCUUCCUCAGCAGCAGCAAAGAUCUGUGGACGGCUCCAGAGCACCUGAGGGACCAGGGCACUUCACAGAAAGGAGACGUCUACAGCUUUGCCAUCAUCUCCCAGGAGAUUGUUCUGAGGAAGUCCACCUUCUACACCAAGUCCUGCUCCAACCGUUCAGAGAAGUUGUCCAGGGUGAUGACGUCUUACUUCAGACCUGACCUGGACGUUGAGACGGCUUCAGAGAAAGAACUGGAGGUGUACAUGAUGAUAAAAAACUGCUGGGAUGAGGAUCCGGAAAAAAGACCAGACUUUAAGAAAGUGGAGAACUGCUUAGGAAAACACAUCAGUAAAAUUCACAACCAGGACAACGAGAGCUACAUGGACAACAUGAUCCGAAGGCUGCAGAACUACUCCAGAAACCUGGAGCACCUGGUGGAGAAGAGAACAGCCCUGUACAAAGCAGAGAGGGAUCGGGCCGACUUCCUCAACUUCAUGCUGCUUCCUGGGCCAGUGGUGAAGAGCCUGAAGGAGACCGGUGUGGUGGAGCCAGAGCUGUACGAUGAGGUGACCAUUUAUUUCAGCGACAUUGUGGGCUUCACCACCCUGUGCCAGUACAGCACACCCAUGGAGGUCGUGGACAUGCUCAACGACAUCUACAAGGGCUUUGACAGCAUCGUCGACAACCACGACGUCUACAAGGUGGAAACAAUAGGUGAUGCCUACAUGGUGGCGUCCGGUCUGCCAAGGAGGAACGGGAACAUGCAUGCGGUGGACAUCUGCCGCAUGGCGUUGGACAUCCUAUCCUUCAUGGGCACCUUCCAACUCAGACACCUGCCCGGCAUCCCUGUGUGGAUACGGAUUGGCGUGCACUCAGGUCCCUGUGCAGCAGGUGUUGUGGGGAUAAAGAUGCCCAGAUAUUGUUUAUUUGGUGACACAGUGAACACAGCGUCUCGGAUGGAGUCUUCAGGACAUCCCCUGCGGAUCCACGUCAGUGAGCCCACAAUAUACAUCCUGCAGAGGACAGAGUGCAAGUUUGAGUACGAGCUCAGAGGAGAAACAUACCUAAAGGGUAAAGGUACAGAGAUGACCUACUGGUUGACAGGAGAAACUGGGAAAGACUACGACCUACCUACUCCGCCUACAACAGAGAACGUCCAGCGUCUGCAGCAGGAUCUGGCCCAAAUGAUCCUGUCCUGCCUGGAGCGCCGAAAACAAGGAUCCAUACGGAGGAAGGGCCGUUCAGUCGAGGAGGAUGAAGGCUGGGAAUCAGAGGGGGAUUCUGAAGGUGGCCAUCCUGAAUAUCUUCAGCUGGCCACUGUGGAUAACACCCUCAGCACCUUCCUGUAGCGCUGAUGGCCUGGCAGCUUUGUAAUAUUGCACUAAACCAAAGCAAGAAAUAAGCCUGAAGGAGAAACAACGAUGGAGGACAAACAUUAUUCAGAUACUCUGCUCUCUUUUUUCCUUUUAGUAAAAUGUUUAAUAUUCCCUCCUAAAGAGGCUAAACUGCAGCUGAGCUUUUGCACAUGGACCUCUGCUUGUAUCUUCAUGCAGCUCUAAUAAUCAUGAAAACAGCCCUUGUUCAUCAGGCUGUUUGAUCAAAUGAUUUAAGAAAACAAUGAACUUAAGUCAAAGAAGUGUUUAUUUUUUAUAGACAACAGUGACAAUCAGUACAUAAUAAAAAAAAAUAUAUAUAAAAAAAAGAAGAAACCGAUCCACCACAUUAUAACACAGCAUUACCUUAGAUUCAUCAAAGCGUGGUACAUUUCAUGUGUCACAUUGUUUCAUAGAUAGAAAAUAAUUACUGCUCUGUGGACAGCAGAAGGAAAACAGGAGUCCAGCAUUAGACAGAGAUGCCUUCCAGCCAUUUUAGCCCCAUAUGUCUGGGUUUUUGCUUUAGUUUUUGCACAGAUAUUGAAAGAGCAGCUGAAAGUGAACCCCUGCAAACGGUGAAAUACAGCAGAAACCACCAAAUGGAAAUGAUCGACCAUCUGUUCAUGAAAAGUAACAGAACAUGCAAAAUGUUUGUACAACUUAAAGGCGCAUCUCAAUGAAUUAUAUCAGCAA